GACUUUCCAUAUUUACGCCAUCUAUCCAGCUGUUGGCAGUCGUGAGGGUAAUGUUUCGUUAACUCACUCGUUCCGCACUUCCACAUUUUUCAUUUACGGCCUUUUCUUUUCUGUGACUCCCUUUCGAUUUCUUCUUCUUUCUCUCCCAUCUUGAUUUGCUCUUCCACCUUUGUGGCCCUUGAAUAGAUUCCUCAGCGGUGGUUUCAAGGUCAAUCAACAUGAACAGUCAAAGCCUAGCACCGAGUUCAGCUUCAGAGAAGCAGCGUCCAGACGACUAUGUGUAUUUUGAGAGGACAACGGCUGCAUUUACAUCUGAUGCUAUAGCUCGCUCAACAGCUGCGAAGUUGAAACUUGUCUCCUACUACAAAAUGGCGGUAGAUUCUGCUAUCGAGAGGAAUGCUAGACGCAUUGAAUUGGAGACAAAAUUGUCUCAGACGUUACAGGCAGAUGCAAAGGAGCGCGAGAUACGCAAGUACUCUAAGAUGGAAUCACAACAUUUACGAUUACGACGAACCAAGAUCAAGUUAACGGACUUCAAAACGGUGAAAGUCAUAGGAAAGGGUGCUUUUGGUGAAGUUCGUUUGGUUCAGAAGGUGGACACCGGAAAAGUAUAUGCGAUGAAGAGUUUGCAAAAGGCUGAGAUGCUGAAGAGGGAUCAGCUUGCUCAUGUUCGUGCUGAACGAGACGUACUUGCAGAGUCGACGUCCCCCUGGGUGGUGCAACUGUUCUAUUCUUUUCAGGACCCUCUAUACCUUUAUCUCAUCAUGGAGUUCCUACCUGGAGGAGACUUGAUGACCAUGCUAAUGAAGUACGACGUCUUUUCGGAGGAUGUUACACGUUUCUAUAUGGCUGAAUGUAUACUCGCCAUUGAAGCUGUCCAUAACCUCGGCUAUAUCCAUCGGUGUGUUGUGAUACCUCUGUCGGCACCCUUACUUACAGGGCAUCGGCCCUCCAGUGACAUUAAACCCGAUAACGUACUCAUCGAUAAGAACGGUCAUCUCAAACUAUCUGACUUUGGCCUAUCCACGGGUCUGCACAAGGUUUCGGACGGAGAGUACUAUAAGAAAUUCUUGGAGCAAGAGAAGGCCAGUAACCCUGCUCGGAAUAGCGUUCAAGUCAAUCCGAUCAAUCUUACUAUGAGCCGGGAACAAAUCGCCACUUGGAAGGCUAACCGACGAAAACUGGCUUAUUCGACUGUGGGCACACCUGAUUAUAUUGCUCCAGAAGUGUUUCUCAUGAAGGGCUACGGCAAAGAAUGCGACUGGUGGUCACUCGGGGCGAUCUUUUUCGAGUGUCUAGUUGGCUACGCUCCAUUCUGCUCCGAGAACCCUGGUGAUACAUACAAGAAAAUCAUUGAUUGGCCGAACUAUCUAUACUUCCCGGAGGAAGUUUACAUCUCUCGAGAGGGCGAAGACCUGAUUAAAAGCGUGAUGACAUGGGCUGAAAACCGUCUCACCGUGAAUCAGAUCAAAUCCCAUCCAUUUUUCUAUGGUGCAGAUUGGUCUACUCUUAGACAAAUUGAACCGCCGUUCGUGCCGCACCUCAAGUCCAUGACCGAUACGUCCUAUUUUCCGACUGACGACUUUGGUAACAUUCCAGACCAAAUGGAGCAGGUCGAAGGAGUAAGCGCGGAGAAGGAUCUGGCUUUCUUAGGGUUCACCUUCAAACGUUUCACAGGGCCCAGAGAUUCUUGA